AUAGUUCUUCACAGUAUAAAUUGUCUUUAUACGAGAAACUAUAUACAUGCUUUUAAAUUUGAGGAUGAAAGUCCCUUAUACAUUAUUAAGAUGAUAGUAGACGGUGCAUUAUUAAAUGUAUAUGUGGCAUCUAAAAGAUUGAAAAUCUCUGAUGCACUGUACAUUAUACUGUUAUCUGUUUAAAUGUGUGGCUUCAGUAACCGGUUUUUAUUUCAGUGAAAUUAUAAUCUGGACUCAUAUUUGCCUAAAAUGGAGCCAGCUUGUCGAAAAGACAAACAGAAGCAGCACACACCGACCCGUGGAGACAGAACCAAACAGAAAUCAGCCCAGCAGGAGCUAAAGCAGAGACAAAGAGCCGAGAUUUAUGCCCUGAACAAAGUCAUGACUGAACUUGAACAGCAGCAGUUUGAGGCCUUUUGCAAGCAGAUGCAAUCACAAGCCGAAUGAGAAAAACUCAUGCCAGGGCACACAUACACAGGUUAUGGUUAUGUCAUGAUGUUACUUAUAUUUUUUUGUAUUAUUGUACAACAUUUGAUAAUCAUCCGUUUCAGCCCUUGACAUUUAAACCAAAAUGUAUUUGCUGGAGACUGAUACACACACACACACUACUUGAAUCUGAGUGUGCAAUCACAUCGUAAAAGUUGGUCAGUGUGUACAAAACCAAAAAUAUCAUAAUACAUUAUAUUUAUCAGAGCAUCUCCCUAUGAAAAGACAUUCACUGUUCAGUUUUAUAUUGACUGUCAUUGUUAAUUAUGAUGUUUUAUAUGACAUUAUUGUCCUGAACAAGUAUGAUUGCACAAAGCUAUUUUAGACUAUUUGUGACCUGUUGACUGAAGGAAAUUAAGAUACAGUUGUUACUCUUUUGAUUUAUGAUUAAUUUAUUUUGUGAUGUGACAUACUUUAAUAAAAGUUAAUGUUCUUUUGACCACAGUCGGUUUUGAACAGAUUAGUUUUUAAUUAAAAUUUGGUUAUUAAAAGUCAUCUCUUGAAUAAAAAAUAUAAAAUGA